AUGUCUACUCCUUCUGAAGUAGCUGGUGGAGCCACCGUGGUAACCACUAUUGGAACCACACAUCCAAAUCCCUUUGAUGAUCCUUUCAAUCUUACUGCAGCUGACUAUGCAGUGAAUAAGCUUAUUUCUCUUCCCCUCACGGGUGAGGAUAAUUUUCAUACUUGGAGUCGGACCAUGAUCACCGCUCUUGAAGCUCGUAACAAGCAAGGUUUUGUUGAUGGUGCUUUGAUAGCGAUUUCUGAAACGGACUCCCGGUUUGCUUCAUGGAAACGUUGUAAUAGUCUUGUAGUGACUUGGUUGUUGAACUGCAUUUCUAAAGAAAUUGCAGUAAGUCUGUCCAGCUCAUCCACGGCUCGUGAGCUCUGGUUGGAUUUGAAAGCUAGAUAUGCGGCCUCCAAUGAUACUCGAGUCUAUGAAAUUCGCCAGGCCAUGGGUAACACUCGUCAAGGCACUUUUAGUGUCACAGAAUAUUAUACAAAGCAAAAGGUUCUCUGGGAUGAACUAUCAUACUAUACCAACAUUCCUGUCUGUACUUGUGGCUCAAAAUCUGCUCUUGAACAACAUCAGCAAAAGGAGUAUCUUAUGUUGUUUUUAAUGGGAUUAAAUGAUUCUUUCUCAGUCAUACGUAGUCAAAUCUUAUCCAUGGAACCACUUCCUGGAAUCAACAAAGCUUUCUCUAUGAUACAGCAUCAGGAGAGGCAGCAGAUGAUUACACAAAAGGGAUCAUCUUCUUCGGUUCCUUUUUGGUGUAUCACUUGA